CAACAGCUGUGCAAGGUCCAACGGCCGGCACGAUGCGCGCGCGCCGGUCGAGCCUUCAUUUAAAGCGUUACCAUGUUCCAGUCACAACUCGAGCGCAGUGCGCGCCACGCGCGUUAUACCCACCCAUCGGCAGCAGGUGUGGCGUUGACCGCGAAAAUAUAUCGAUCUAUGUGAACCCAUAUUAAAAAAAAAAAAAAAUACAUUCCGCUUUGUUUCUUUUUACUACAAUCGAGUAGUAGUUUGGAUUUCGGAAAUCUAUCUCAAAUAUGCGUAGGUUGUGUUUGUAAACAAAAUAACAAUGGUUCUUGUUGAAGUGUUAUUAAUACAGCUAAUGAUUACAUGAAUAAAUUACUUGGAUAUGACUUUUUAACUAAUUUAACAUUGUAACAUUAAUUCUGUUUUGUUUUCCGAUAGUUCUUUAGUUGUUCAUAGUACGAAGAACCUCACGACUUUGCCGUUAGAUUUUAAAUGCGGAUCAUGAAUCACACUUGGACAAUACAAUGGAAAUAAAGAUAAUUUGCAUACAUUUAAUCUAUAAACUUAAUUAUUAAUAUAAUAAAUGCGUGUGGUAUUGUGAUGAAGUGAAUAUUAAUAUAAUUAAUUCUAACAUUAAUAUCUAACCAAUCAGUGGCAGAUGUGGAAUUGUUUUUAAUUGGUGUGUCGUGGGAGCCGGCUUAUGGGGCAAUGUGUGUCCCGGGACCAUCCGGGCCCGUACGCGUUCUCGCGUCAUUAUGACGCUGAGAGCCUCGCUAGCAGCAUCGGGAGCACGCGCAGGGGUCACUCUGAGUCGAAGGGAGCCAAGAAGAGGGAGAAGAGUGCGAGCGGCAACGGCAACAAGCCCACCCGCGGCGUCGCCACGUCAUUCGGCUUUCGCCGCCGGCCCGCCAGUACAUCGCGCGCUGACGACAACGCGCGCAGGAAACAGAAGAAUCACGACAAGAAUGGAAAUGGAGGUUCAACAGAGGAUCUUCGUCCAGAAGAGGUAUUGUCUGGUCGUUCGACGCCCCUCGCUCGGCCACGGAAGGAGAUCUCGGGGCAACCACUUCGUACAAAUAGGCAGCCGCACAGCAAGACUGCCAAGGUGGCCGACGUGAACGUACCUGCUGAGGAGGCCUUCAGUGCACCAGUUAAGGAUAAGGAGACUGCCAUCAAUAAUAAUACGUUAGAUAAGAAAAGUACAAAUCACUACAACCUGCCCCUCCUGGCCACUCAAGUGUCGUCCACGGGAGUGACCAACAUCGUGGGUGUCGCUGGAGUGCCCAAGCCAGUCACCAAACAAACUGUCAUACUGACCUAUCAAGCUCAGCAGUAUCCUCACCAAGACCCAAGAAAGCCACCCAGAGGGGGAGAACAAUCUGGCUCUAGAGCACCGUCUGCCCCGCGCCAAGUUGUAGACCCCCAGAAGCCUCCGGGGAAAUACACCUUCCAGACCAACCAGCUGCCAAGACCGCAGUAUCCCUCUGUGAAAAACAUUGAUUCUAAAAGCGCUAAGCAAGUAGUCAAUAAUACGAGGAAAGCCGGUGCUGUCGAUGGAUGGAGAGAAGGAGCAGGUUCAGCAGUGUCCUCGGACUCAGGAGUGUGGACGGGUGGCGAGGGAGGGGACCUGUCCCCCCGCUCGCGACAUCGUCCGCGGAACCUUGAGAUGGUGAUGCGUGGCUCUCACAACUUCCACCUACGGGAGCUGCAGGUUGCUGACUUGGAUAUUAUGGACGACGCUGUAGUAACAGGCCACACAGUGAUACCUCUACCCAAAUUGCCGAGUUCAUUCAACGAGGAGUCAUCACCGGAGAGCGAACCAAUACCCACGUACUCGCCGCCAUCACCCAUCGUUCCUAAACCCACGCCCGUACCAGAACCCAGCCAAAGACAAAACUCACCCAUGUCUACUUUAGAACGUUAUAGAAAUAGAAGUAGGCCUAGUAGAAUUCAAACUAAUUUUGAGUACAAAGAUGAAGAGAAGUUCGUAUUGGAUAGAGCACAACCCGAAGUACUUAAUAAGCAGAAAUCAUUUAUAAAGUCGUCUAGUGGAGUAGCAUCGCCAGCAACUGUGGACUCCAGCAAGGAAUCCAGUCCAUCGUGUAAAAGUGAAGCUAGCCACUUUGGUAACAGUAGCGCAUGGCAAAGCCACGCCGCGGGCGAAGCUAUGGCUACCAGAUCUCAAGACGACGUAUCAAUUGCUCUCAGCGUGUCAAGUUGUGAAGACGACAAAUCUAAAGUGGAAACAAAGGAACCAGAAGUAGAAGUUAAGAAAGUUGAGAUAGAAGUGCCAACAAAGACAAUCGUUAUAGCGGAUGAGCCGCCUGUGCCACAUCCUUUGCUGAUGAAAUCUCUCACUCUGAGCCAACAUGAUUCUCUUCGUGGAACUAUGAUGGGAUCAAUGACAAGUUCAAACUACAGCACGACAAGUACAUGCACAAACCAGAGCGCAGAGCACAACCUGACGCUUACGCUAGAAGAAUCCAAAUUUGACAUAUCCGCAUUGGAAACAUCAACGCAAAGUCUACUUGAUGAUGAGACAUCGCCUGCUGACAGCCUCAUAUCUUCCACAAGCACGAGUGACUCAAACAAUGAUCUGCACAUAGAAAGAGAUCCUCCAUCAAUAUCUAGUGCAUAUCAAACUGCUAAUACUAAGACCAGAACUCCAGAACCUAUUGCAGAGGAUGACGAUAGGAUUGAUGGUGAAAUUCUGCAGCCUAUAAAGGAUGCAAGUAGCGACGGCUCUGGCAGCGGCGACAGCGGAGGCAGCAAGAACAUCACCCCACCGUCGCCCGGUACUCCCACACACGCGUCAGGGUCGUUGUCCCUCUCUGAUGGGCGAGACUUCUUUGACGACGAAAUCGCCGAUCAACCAGCAUUAUUAUUUAGAAAAAACAACCAUGGCAGUCCAUCAGUCAAAAGGGCAGAUUCUGAUCCAACCAAAAAUUUGAGAAAAUCAAGAGACCACGUAUUGUCAAGUCCACAAACGCAACGGAGUCGAAAAUGCCAAGGUCGCAAUCCAGCAACAGAGAGGACACCCUCCUUGGACACACUCUCGAGCCUCGCUUCAGACGAUCUCAUGAUGGACAACGAUUUGGCACAAUCUAUCUCUAGCUUACAAAGCGUUGACGAUUAUAUUGAGAGGCUCGACAGCUCAUUCCGCAGCGGUCUCAACUCGCUGGACGAGAGGCAGUUUCGCCAGGAGCUGUCCAGCUCGAAGACUGCCAUCCGGCAGUGGAGCCAGCUGUUGGAGAGGAACAACCUGCUGGACCGGCAGUUGGCGGCAAUGGCGCAAGGGAAGACGACAGAUUCCCUCACUGAGAGCACCACAAGUCUUAGCAAGAUAGGGGCCAGUCUUCCCGUCCGUACCGCCCGUCUGCUGCAGCGGUCGCGCACACAGACGCCGUCCGACGCCGGCGCUAGCGACGGCAGCACGUCGCCCGCGCCCGCUCCGUCCUCGCUGCUGCAAGAUGUUGUCGACAUCAAGACUUUGCUCUUGCAGCUCAAGCGGGUCUUACAGGAGCCCGGGGAGGAGCAUCAUUCGAUGAGUAGUGAAACUCUCGACCCGUUGCUAGCGGCGUGCGCGGAGAGCCCCGCGCGCGGCAACGGGCGCCGCCCCCCCGCCUCGCCGCUGCACCCCGACGCCUGCGCAGAGAUGCGGCGACAGAUCGUCUACCUGCAGGGUCAACUAGAGGAGCGCGAUCGGCUAGUGCGGGUGCUGCAGCAGCAGAUGCUGCGCAUGGCAGAGAGUCACGAGCCGCGCGCCGACGACACCUGCAACGUCGCCACGCAGACUGAUAGGUUGCGGCCGCCAAUCGGCACCACACUAACGAGUUCUGAAAAUUCCGGAUUAGUGAGUUGGAAUGAACAAGCUAGUGGGAGGAAGCUGCCGUCGUAUAGUGAAGCACAAAAGACAAAGAGGCCUGUCACCAACGGGACCGUGAAAUGUCAGUGCGGUGCGAGGAAAGUGAACGGUGUGACAAAUGACGACAACAGACUGACGGACAAACGAAUGGACUCGGUUCAGCUUAAGUCAAAUAGUCGAGUCGGAUCCAAAUACCUUCAAGCCUUAGCCACCAACACAGAAACCAGAAGAUACAUCAAACGCGAUUCGUCAGUAGGCGAGAAAUCAGAACGGAGAAACCUCUACUCGGGCCGGUCGAGGUCAAUAGAGAACUUCCACAACCAACACUAUUUGUCCACUGAGCCUUUGUUAACCAAAACCGCUGUAAUAGAGGAAUCUUCGAUCAAACACCAUACAUCGUACGGCGACUUGUACAACGGAAGGAUAAGCAGUAAGGAAAGCGUCAAUGGUAACAGACACAGCCCAAGUUUGAACGGACAGUCGACGGACACGGAUUACAGUUCAGACGGUGGAUAUAAAUCGCUUCCUUCGUCGAUAAAUUACAAUGGUUAUUCGCCAAAAAAGGUGAGCGGCAUACCUCGGAGGUCCAUCGAGCAAAAACUAAUUUCUCCUAAGCAGGUCAGGGCAAGCGCAAUUUAAUUCGUGUUAACACUACGUUUUCACGCUCAGCAUCUCGAUAAGUUUCUUGCAUAUAGUUGCCUCUACAUGCAGAAAACUUACGCAGAUAAAAUCUUUAAAAGCUUUUAGCACUCGACUGACACAUAUAGACUUCAUCGAUAUGAAAACCAUUCCAAAAUAUUACCUAAUAACAUCAGCUAGAACUACUGCAUGUUUAUGAACCUACAAUGAAAUCUAAGAAAUAGAAAUGUUUGAAGUAACGUGUUGGUAUCUCGGGAUCUUAAUCCUUAUUAUGAGAUUUUACAUAAAAGUUAUUUUUAACGAAUUAUGUUACCUAUUGAGAUGUCGACGAACUUAAACGGUAAACAUUAUUUCGAUAAUUAAUAACUAUAGAGCGAUAAUGUCAUAUUAAAAGAAGGACUUUUUCUCGUAUGUAAACGUCAUCUUUAUCACCUAUGCAUGCAAGAACUGUUUUAAAAAUUUGAAUAUCAAAGAAAAUACGGGCUUUGUGAACGAGUGACUUAUCAUCUUCGUUACGUUUUAGUUCACGAUUCAUAAAUAUGCGACUAGAUUCCCGAGAGACCAACAAAGCUGUGCCAUUGUCGAAUGCUUUACCUACAAGCUAUCCACAAGCCAGUACAAGGCAUAUAUGUACGCAUUUACUCGCGAGGCUUAAAUUAAGAUUUUACGUUUUGGAUGCCAAAUUAUAAUGUUAAUAUCGUUAAGAUAUGAAAUUCAGUAAAUGUAUCCAUUUUUCGAUGUUUGACAUGAAAUGUUUAUUGUUUCGUAGCAGAUUGCUUUGCGCAAUUUAUUGUUUUUAUUAUUUUUACACGAUAAAUCAUCUUCUAUUUGACCCCUGCUGUUUUACAGUUAGAGGAUAAACUUGAACCGGGAGCUAUUUUUUGUAGAUUUUAAUUUACAAAUUUGUAUACAGGCGAUAAAAUGUUAUCUUAGAUUUUCUAUUUUAGACAUACUAGUAGGUAAUGCUGUAUAGUUGAUUAUCUCACGAACACCGUUCUGUCUAAGUGUAGUAGUGACAUGUAACUGACUAGCGUAUUUCUGUGCAUAUUAAGUAUAUAUUGCGCGCAAAUUAUUGUCAAAAGGAUUGUUGCUAUAUCGUUAGGAAGUAUGAAUACAUUUAAAUAAAUAUAAACAAAAUCCAGAUGAUUGUGAUAAAGAAAGAAAGCUCUAAAAACUCAAACGUUAAAAAAAUCGCCACAUAGUGAACGGGACGGACGACAACGCGACGCUGGCGCAAUAUAUUGAGUGGUAUAAAAUAUUAGACGGCAGAGCCUUCGUGCUCGACGUGUUGUUCUGUUUGACAAUUCCAUUUCCAGUACAUUACAAUGGCUUACGUUGCGUAGCUGUCUCGGCCCAUUUUCUGGUGAUUUUUAGUUAAUUUCUGAUUUGCUACAGCAACAUAUUUUGUUUCCAUAUUAUAUUCGAUAUAAUAAAUUGUCUUAGUACCUAGUUUUACAAAGUCUAUAAUUCAAUUAAGAAAUUAAUUAUUGUCAUUAUCAAUGGUCCAUGUGAAAUAUCCUGAAAGUUGUGGUAUUAUCGGGAUUAUUGACUUAACAUAGAAAACACUAUGAAUGACUACAAUGCAUGUCUAAACAACAACCUCAGCUAAACGGUCUUUGUGAGAUACAACAACUGAGAGAUGUGAUAAGAGUGGCUGUAAGAACUUGACUUUAAUUUUUGUCAUCCUUACCUUUGAAUUUAGUAAUGAAUUGUAUAUUGUCAAAUAGUUUGUCAUGAACUAUUUAUAUCCAUUUAUUCCUUUUCCCAAUUAAUGUUAUUUAGACACAGGAAUAGUUAGGUAUCAAAUAGGUACAAACUUACACGCUUAUAAGGCAUUUUAUAUUCCCAAUGUCAUUUUGAGAGCAUUUGUCUAAUGGAUUUUAAUGUUAAAUGUAUUUUAGUGUUUUGAAUAUAGUGAAAUUGUAAUCUUCCAAUGAAUUUUAAUGUUAACUUAAUCACUGUCCGGAUUUCUUGUGACAAUUAAACUUUCGAUCCACCAUUUAGUCGGAAAUCAUCAUAACAUGGGACAAUGUUUCAAAAAUUAAUAAGCAUUUUUUUCAAUAUACCUUUUAACCUGCGUAGUGCGUAGUUUAAGUUAAUAAGAUCUUUUAAUAUAUAUCUUGAUUUUGUAUAAAAUUCCACUGGUUUGUAACUUCAGAGCCUGCCUUAUAUCUUAAUAUAUAAAUGCGAAAGGUCAUUCAUCGAGAUAUCUCGAAAUCCGCUUGAGUUAGUUCAUAAGUAGUAAAGGUCCACUAAGAUCGGAUUUUGCGAGAGGGUCGGAUUUAGGGGGUCUAAGGGCAGACGAAGUUGCGAGCGUCGCUAAUAGUUGAUAAACAUGACAUAUAAUACCCAUGUUAUGUGAUCGUUUUGAACCAUUGUCGCAAGAGUUCCGACAGGUCAUAACCCAGCGAAAUGCGAAAGCAUAACAUCCUAUAUUGAUACCUAGUGUUAUCGUACUGUAACGUCAUGCAUACGCAUACAAUUGUGUACUUAUGCUAUUCAUAUGUCGGUUUAUUGCGUUAUAUCGCUCCUCUUACUUACUUAGUUGUAUAAGUCGAAGCCCACUAGCUUUAGUAACAAAAUAUAUUAAUUAUUAAUUUAAAAACCGAUAUUUGUUUCAAUAAAUAAUUUUAAUUUUGAA